AUGCAAACAAUAAAGUGCGUCGUCGUCGGUGAUGGUGCUGUCGGAAAGACUUGUUUAUUGAUCUCGUAUACGACGAAUAAGUUCCCUUCUGAAUAUGUCCCCACUGUAUUUGACAACUACGCCGUCACUGUUAUGAUCGGCGAGGAUCCCUACACGCUUGGUCUCUUCGAUACUGCCGGCCAAGAGGAUUACGACAGGCUGCGUCCUCUCUCGUACCCCCAGACAGACGUCUUUUUGGUCUGUUUCUCUGUCACUUCCCCAGCCUCUUUCGAAAACGUUAAAGAGAAAUGGUUCCCUGAAGUACACCACCACUGCCCAGCCGUUCCUUGCAUCGUCGUUGGAACCCAGGUCGAUUUGAGAGACGACUCCUCCGUAAGAGAGAAGCUCGCCAGACAAAAGCAACAGCCUAUCUCUGUUGAUAUGGGUGAGAGGCUGUCCAGAGAACUCGGCGCCGUCAAGUAUGUCGAAUGCUCCGCCCUCACCCAAAAAGGAUUAAAGAAUGUCUUUGAUGAGGCUAUCGUUGCCGCACUUGAACCGCCCGUCGUCAAAUCGAGAUCAUCCAAACGUAAAUGCGUUAUCCUAUAA